AUGCCGUCUCAAACACGUUUAUCCAAUUCUUGGUCUGAGCACGGAGUGUCUGCUCACCUCUCUUUCCUUCUCUCCACAGGUAUGGCUGGCUACACGAAACCCCCCAGUUUGCUGACUCCCUAUGGACGGAACACCUCCUUUCCCGAAUAUCCUUGGAAUUUCAACCCUUACCUGUCCAGCACUUUCCCCCUGAACAGCUCCAAGCUGCCCACCUCUCUCUAUUCCCCUCAUUUCUACCCCAACCCUUUGUCUGGCUCCCUGGCCCAGCUUCCCACGCCCCUCUCCCUCCUGACCAACGAAACCCCCGAGAGAACGGCAGGCCUGGCGGGGAGCUCCGUGCCCCGACUCUGCCUCCCGACCCAUAGCGCAACUCUGCCCCUCCGCGGGGACGUCCACGGACCGAGCGCUCGCACUAAGGAAUUGCUGGUCCCCAGGUCAUCCAGCCCUUCCGGGGGGGCUCGAGGGGCUAAAGAGGAUCCAGCGUCCGAUUCCGAGUUGGAAAUCACAGAUUUGAGUGAAUGCAGUUCGGAAAACGAAGGCUGCGACUUCAGCCCCGACAGCCUGGAGACGUUAGAGAGCCAGGUGCCCAAUUACAAGCGGCUGGAGGGCGAGCGGACGGCCAGAGGAAAGUCCACUCCGCUAGAUGGGGAGGUGGGAGUCGGCCUGGCCCUUAUCAAGCAAGGCAAGGCUCUUGCAAGCAGUUGA